UCAGUCAGCUGGUCAUUUACAUGCUGCCGAAUGAUAGUUUGUGUUUGCGUUCAGUUCACGAGCAGCAGGAAAGUUGCACAACAGACUGAAAGAUGUUUGUUGAAGAUGCUCUUAAAGAACUUUGGUCUGUUAGGAAAGCCUCAAAUGUGUGAGUUACACAAACAGGAAGAGUUCAUCACAUGCUUUGUCAAAUCUCUGAUAAAAGCACAAUUUUAUGGAACUUUGUGAUGUAUUUAUUAUUGUUUAUUUAUUUGUUCCGGAGUGAUUCUUGACAAGGGAUGGUAAAAUAUCUGUUGGAGGACCGAGUCAUGGUUUAACGUCCAAAGUCAGUCAUGGAGGAGCUGGAUCCAGAGGAGCAGUUCCUCAGGGAUGCCAGGAACGGGAACCUCGAAGGCAUCCAGAGGCUUCUGAUGUGCAAGAUAAAGGAGGAGGUCAACAUCGACAUCAACUGCAAGGGCAAGAGCAAAUCAAAUCAUGGCUGGACACCGCUUCAUCUGGCAUGUUAUUUUGGACACAGAGAUGUUGUUGAAGCAUUGCUCAAAGCUGGAGCUGAUGCCAAUUUGCCAAAUAAUGUCGGAGACACACCACUCCAUAAAGCAGCAUUCACAGGGAGAAAAGAGGUUGUGAUGUUGCUCCUUCAACAUGAUGCUUGUGCUUCUGUCAUCAAUGGGAUGGCGCAGAUUCCUAAAGACAUUACCCAAAGUGCCGAGAUUAAAAGCAUGCUGGAGGCUGCUGAGAGGACUGAAGAGAGGAAACUGGAGGAGCAGCUGCUGGAAGCGGCUCGAGAAGGAGCCGUUUCUACACUCACAAGACUGCUAAACAUGAAGAAACCUCCAAAUAUAAACUGCACGGAUCUGCUGGGAAACACACCACUGCAUUGCGCUGCUUACAGAGGCCAAAAACAGUGCGCUGUCAAACUUCUGCAGCACAAGGCCAAUCCUAACAUCAAGAACAAAAAUGAUCAGACUGUUUUUGACUUGACUAAUGAUGCAGAAAUGAAGCAGAUCAUAGCAGGAAAUGUUGUGAAAGGCAUGACACGGCAUGUUAAAAUGUUUGAAGGGCCUCUUUGGAAGAGUUCAAGGUUUUUUGGCUGGCGCUCCUAUUGGGUGGUUCUUCAAGAUGGGGUUUUGUCAUGGUACCCUAAACAAACGGAUGCGGAUUCAAACACACACCGGCAAGGUUGUAAACCACUAACACAAGCACACUGCAUGAUUAAAGCGAAAGAUAAUUGCUAUUUCACGGUCAAAUGCUUUGACGACAGCAUUCACCAUUUCAAAGUGACCCAGAAGAACAACCCUGAAGAAAGCAGAAAAAUGUGGCUGGAGGCCAUCGAGGAGCAUUCGGCCUUCAGCACUCAUUACUGCUCACAGGAGCCUGACAGCGAGGAAGAGGAGGACAAUGCUGUGUCUGUGAAUGAGCUUUCUAAGUCACUUCAGCGGGCCGAGUCCUGUCAUCAAAGACUGGAGAAGGAGGUGUUGAGUCUCCAGUCCAUGAUGAAGGAAGACGGUCUGGCGGAAAAAAUCCCUGUGACGGUCAUUCAGAAGCUGAAGGAUGUCUGUGAAGCCUCCAGUGAAAGCUGCUCCUCACUGCACCAGUGUCUGGAGCUCUUUUCCAGACAAGAAGGAGUGCGCAGUGUGAAACUGGAGCAGGAGGUGGAGAAGAAUAAAAUCCUGUCGGAGGCUCUGCAGACUCUGGCCACUGAACAUCAUGAGCUGGAGCAGUCGGUGGUCAAAGGCUCGUCGCCCCGUAGUGUCCUCAGCGAAGACGAGUUCUACGAUGCUCUGUCUGAUUCAGACUCGGAGCCUGUGCUGAGCGGCUUCCAGACAGACGGACACUCACACGAAGACCAAGACGACUUCACGUCUGAGCUUUACUAUAGCGUCCCAGGACAACACAGUGGCAGGAUGUCCCAAGAGGAGCGUCGAGGAGAGGAAGAGGAUGAUGAAGAGGUGGCCAAUGUUAACGGAUUGAGGAAACACAGAACAAGUUUACCAGCCCCAAUGUUCUCCAGAAAUGACUUCAGUAUUUGGAGUAUCCUAAGGAAGUGCAUUGGGAUGGAGCUGUCUAAGAUCACCAUGCCUGUCAUUUUUAACGAGCCGCUCAGUUUUCUGCAAAGACUGACUGAAUAUAUGGAGCACACGUACCUCAUCCAUCAGGCUAAUUCUUCAGAAAACUCUAUUGAGAGAAUGAAGUGUGUGGCUGCGUUUGCUGUAUCGGCUGUGGCGUCUCAAUGGGAAAGGACAGGUAAACCCUUCAACCCCCUGCUAGGAGAAACGUACGAGUUAGUCAGGGAUGAUCUUGAUUUCCGGCUGAUAUCUGAACAAGUGAGCCACCAUCCUCCAGUCAGCGCUUUCCAUGCCGAGGGUUUGCAGAAGAACUUUGUGUUUCAUGGCUCCAUCUAUCCCAAACUGAAGUUCUGGGGCAAAAGCGUGGAGGCAGAACCUAAGGGCAUCAUCACUCUUGAACUUCCCAAGCAUAAUGAGGCAUACACAUGGACGAACCCCACAUGUUGUGUCCACAACAUCAUUGUGGGACAGCUGUGGAUUGAACAGUAUGGCAACAUGGAGGUUAUUAACCACAGAACUGGUGAAAAAUGCUGUCUGAAUUUUAAACCAUGUGGCCUUUUUGGGAAGGAAUUACAUAAGGUUGAGGGCUACAUCUUAGACAAGAGCAAAAAGAAAGUAUGUAUGCUGUAUGGCAAAUGGACGGAGUGCAUGUAUAUAGUCGACCCAGCUACAUUUGAAACUCACAAGAAGAAUGAUAAGAAGGCAUCAGAAGAGAAGAAAAGCAGUAAACAGCAAUCUCAGUCAUCAGACUCUGAAGAAACACCUCAACCAGGUGGAGAUUCUCUGGAGGUGAUCCCAGGAAGUCAUCUGCUUUGGAGAAUAGCACCCAGACCUGCCAACUCUGCCCAGAUGUACAGCUUCACUUCAUUCGCCAUGCAACUCAAUGAGCUGGAUAAAGAGAUCGAAUCAGUCAUCCCCAAAACAGACAGCAGACUGAGGCCAGACAUACGAGCCAUGGAGAACGGAGACAUCGACAUGGCCAGCGAGGAGAAGAAGAGAUUGGAGGAGAAACAGAGGGCGGCACGUAAGAACCGCUCCAAGUCAGAUGAUGAGUGGAAGACGAGAAACAUCGCUUCAGGCCCCAGGUGGUUUCAUCAAGGUCCCAAUCCACACAAUGGCUCUCAGGACUGGCUGUUCUCCAAUAGCUACUGGGACCGUGAUUAUUCCCAAGUACCGGACAUAUACUGACCUGCACAAAAAUCUUGCACUGUCAUUGAUAGACUGUAUAGUAAAAAUUACAUCUACUAUAACUAUUAAAACACAAACUCUGCACUGGUUGGCUAGGCCAACAUUUCAAACAUACAUAGUUUUUUGAGCAAGAGCUGUUUUAAUUCACUCUGUAGAGCUGAUUUUAGUUUUUACAAAUGUUCAUAUUUAAACAAACAUGCGACUAUCAAGGUUUUUAAGAAUUGCAGAUUGUGACAUAUCAUGAUGAAGAUUACUACAAGCUGGCCUUAAUCUACCAUAGCAAUAUGAGUGUACUGUAAUGGCAAUAAUAUGCUAUUUUACUCCUAUGAAAAUGAAAUGAAGAUUUAACAAUGGUAGAUUUUAGUAGUCCAGCAAGGCUCCGUUCUGAGACCAUUUUGUUUUCCGUUUACUAAAUUCAGAAAGUUCAUACAUUCCCUCCAUACUGUGAUAUAAAACCUAAUUGGUUAUAAAAAUGACUGUUACAUUUAAAUGUUAACUUUAAUAUGCAAAUUCACAGUCUCUAUUUACGAUACAGUAUUGGGACAGUGCAUUCCUGCUGCUUUUGUUGUGAUGUUGAUUUAUAGAGUUAACAUGUUGACUAAUAAAUUGUUAUAUUAUUUUAUAAUAUAACAAUCUUACUUUAAUUAUGUAUUUAUUUUGAGUCAGUUAUUCGUCUGUUUUAAAAGUUGGUCUUGAACAGGAACAUUGAGCUUUCGGUUGAUGAGUUAUACUUUUAACCCUAUAAAUUUACAUUGUGUUUGAGAGUUACAUGUUGUUGAGUGUAUUUUUUUUUUUUUUUAGAGAUUUAUCUUAACAAAUAUGCUUACAGGUGUUUAACAGAAUAAAUCUGUACAAAAAAGGCAUUAAAGGGAUAGUUCACCAAAAAUGUUAGUGUCCAACAUUCUUCAGUCUUCAAAGAUGACAGAAGUUUUAUUUUUAGGUGAACUGUCCCUUUACAUAUUGUAAUUACAUCUGAAAAAUACAAAUAAAAAACAGUUUACGAUCA